AGUAUAUGACUGAGUUAGUCUCUCCCUCAGCCGGGCAUGUUCCACUGAGGCUCUCCCGUCCCUGCUCACAGGUGACUCCCGAGCUGUGGAGACGCGCGCUGCGGGAUCCAAGGAAACCCCGGAGGUUUCCCCUCACAGCUCUGGCAUCAAAUUCAAGUCACGUUCAGACAGAAGGGCAGGAAUUGGAGCACAACAACAGGUCCCUGAGAAGAACCCCGGUCCUCUCACUUCGCCUCCACGCCUCCCACUUUGCUUCCUAUAUUGUCUCCUUGACUGUUUCAUCGCUCUAAUCUUUUCUAACUUGUGAACAGCAUGACAGGAGGACUGAAGGACGGCGAAACAGAGGAGGAGUUUCUGCAUUCGCCGUUCAUCCGAAAACAAGGGAACAUAUACAAACCUAACAACAAAGACAUGGACAACGAAAGUCUGAACGAGAAGACGAUGGAGGAUGUCCACACCAAAGAGAUCGACCUGGUCAACCGGGAUCCUAAGCACAUAAAUGACGACGUUGUGAAGGUCGACUUUGAGGAUGUGAUUGCCGAGCCUGCGGGGACCUACAGCUUCGACGGCGUGUGGAAAGCUAGCUUCACCACCUUCACUGUCACCAAGUACUGGUGCUACCGGCUGCUGACGGCACUGGUCGGAAUCCCCCUGGCACUGAUCUGGGGUAUCUUCUUCGCCAUCCUGUCCUUCAUCCACAUCUGGGCCGUGGUGCCUUGUGUCAAGAGCUACCUGAUCGAGAUACACUGCGUCAGCCGCGUCUACUCCAUCUGCGUGCACACCUUCUGCGACCCGCUGUUCGAAGCUAUGGGCAAGUGCUUCAGCAACAUCCGAAUCCGUACCUCCAAGGAGGUGUAGCAUCCAAAACAGAGAGAUGGAAAUGGAGAAUUCACAGAAAGAGGGGAGGGAGGACGGGAGGGCUAGAGCCACACAGACGGAGGGAAAAGUCAGAACAGAAAAGAAGAUAUUAUUAAACCUCUGGAAAGAAGAGAGGUGAGACUUUUCCAGAGCUUGGCGUGGCUUGUUUGGAAGUGAAAGUGCGUGGUCAUAUGGCACCUGAUCCCGCCUUUUUUUCAGCUGUUUUUCUCUCCAGUGUUGGUGUAACCAAAUGGGUGGUCACAGGAAAAUCAAAGGGUUAAUCUUUGGGGAUUUUGUUGUUUUUUUUUUUGUUCUUUUUUUUUUUUUUAAGCCAACUUUGUCCAUCAUGAAACAAACCAUUUCUGUUAUUUUUGCCAUGAUGUAAAUUCCCUCCAUUUUUACCAUUUUUGUGGAGAGCUUCUCACUUUUAUUGAUUUAUGUGAAGAGGGGAUGUCAGGCGGUAUGGCUGUAGUCCCUCGCGCUUAUAUGUGUUUGUGUUUUUUGGAGCCGCUGGGCAGGGCAGGAUGGUGGGAUGUCGGGGUUGGGACGGUCACAGCAGAGAGAGAAUGAGCGAGUGCUGCCAAAUUCUAUCUGACUCAGCACAAACAAAACAACCCCACAAGCCUGACAGCACAGCGGUGGCAGCAGCCCUCCCUCUGCUCUCUUUGACCUCCAACCCACAAAAACCAACCAGCCCCCGCCCCUUUACCCGGCUUUUCCAGCAGUCUGACACACUGAACCUGCCCUCGUUCCUGCAUGCACCUACGUCGCCUCGCCAGCAACUCGCCGUCCGCCAUCUCCACACCCGCCACACAGCCCUGUGAUGCAGAAACCGUCUGCGUCUCAGCUCACUCGCUCUGUGCAACAGCUUUUCUCUUCAUUAUUCCCAUUAUUACCAGAGUGUGACAGAGAAUGUUAGAAUUUUGCUAGAAAUACCCAAUUUUUUUACUCAACAAUGGUUUUCUGAAUAUUUUAGUGACACUCACAGCUUUAAAUGCACAUCACUUUAGUGGCAUAGUGAAUGCUUUUUAUUUUCUACACUAUAAAUAUGAAGAACUUUGAGGGGUUAACUUCUAAACUGUUGUUUUAAUAUGUACUGUAUGGGUGUUAAUGCAGAGAUUUUAAAAGCUAUGGCCGCAUUCCAACGCACUAAUCUAUGGGAAAGUAUUUUGCAAAAAGCACUAAUAAAGAUCUUUGUUCUGUUCUUGCAAAGGUGCUAGUGAUUAAGCAGUGAUGUUUGCAUGCUCUUCAAGCUUGUGUGAAGAUUUCUCUUUGAGCUGUGGUACUUACACAGAUUAAUGCAUUGGAAUAAAUACAAUGUGAGCUUGAAUGAGUGAUUUUAGAUGCAUUUUAAGUUGUUAUCUGGUCAUAAUUUUGCACCCUGCCUAUUAUUAUCUGUUCUCUUUUUUAUUUCUCUUGCUGCCCUUUUUGUUGACUGUGGACAUGAUGCAUAAAGCAUAAACCUGUUGCCUCCUACACCAGAGAUAAGGGAGGGCACAGCUGAGUGGGGUUUCCAGGGUUUUUUUUGGGGGGGGGGUAUGUUUGAUUGAGACACUAAACUUGCUUUAACUCCAUCACCUUCAGUCUAUCUGCUGUCUCCUCACACUCAUGGUAAUGUUUUAGCAUCUAUUCUUUCAAUUGAGUGUUUUUAAGCUCUAAAGGUGAUAUUUUUUUAUAAGAAUUGAUUUUCCCUCCUUGCUUUUACUGUACAAUAUCACGCUGUGCACAUUAAAAUUUAAUAUAAUCCAA